AUGGAGAGCGGCAUUGCGUUCCACUCGGGACUGGCACGCGCCCACACGUCGAUUCCCUCUCCCUCGCCAUCGUCCACCCACUCGCGCAUUGCCUCCAGCGGCGGUCCUCCUACGCUCAUGUCCCACCAGAGCUUUCAGAGCCAGUACUCGAGCUACUCGCACAGCAGCCUGCGCGACACCCAGAGCACCCAGGCCACCACCACUACCACCCUCUUUGGCCAGUCACCGCCCGUCUUCCCAACUUCGACCCCCGUGAAUGGGGGCCCCGUUGAAGCCUCUGACAAUGUGCUCAACAAGCGCGCCGACAAGGACACCUCGCUCUUCCAGCGAUGUCUGACAUUGCAGAUGCGCCUGCGCGCCAUCCCCGGCUUCGACCGCUUCAUGGCCGAGGAGGAGAACAAAGCCGAUGACGAUGACGACCCGGUGACAUUACUGUGGAGGACGUUUAGAAGGGGCUACCCGCUCAUGGAGCUAUACAACGCCCUGGGGCCCCGCACCCUGCUGAGCAUCCCAAACGCAAAGACGGACGAGAAGAGCUUGAAGAAGAGCGAGAAGAUGGCCACCUACAAGUUCAUUCAGAGCUGUGUCAACGAGCUGGGCAUCUCACAGGAGAGCUGCUUCAUUCUGGGCGAUUUAUAUGGCGACGAUACGACUGGCUUCGUAAAGGUCAUCAACGUAGUGAACCGCGUGCUGGACCAGCUUGUUGCGCUGGGCAAGAUUUCCGAGACCGCAGAGACCUUGGAUACCGAAUCCGGCACCUCGAUCAAGCGAACGCAGCGAGAGCACAUCAUCGAUGAACUAGUCAAGACAGAGCGCACAUAUGUUCAGCACUUGGAGCUGUUACAGGAGUUCAAGAAGCUCGUAGAGGAAAAGGGAGUCAUCAGCGGUGAUCAGGUGCACGACAUUUUCCUGAAUUUAAACGCGCUGCUCGACUUCCAGCGCCGCUUCUUGAUUCGCGUCGAGCAGACAAACGCACAGUCUGCAUCCGAACAAAACUGGGGGAAUCUCUUCGUAUUGUACAAGGACGCCUUCAAGGUCUACGAGCCAUACAUUGCAAAUCAGAAGAAAUGCGAACAGAUUGCCAUGCGCGAAUUCGACAAACUAAAAGACACUGGCGGAUCUCCAGAAAUGCGACAAAUGGUCGAAUCACCAACGCUUCUCACGUCGUUUUUGUUGAAACCCUUCCAGCGUUUGACCAAAUACCCACUUUUACUUCAGCAACUACGAGACAAGGGUGAUCUCGAUGAGCAAAGAAGAGAAGAUAUUUCAAGUGGCAUCGCCGCAGCUUCCUCUGUGCUUGCAGGCACCAACGAUGCCAUUGCUCGUGAAGAGCGUAUCGAAGCCGUCGAGGAGCUUAAAACUCUGGUGGAAGACUGGAAGGGUCACCGUAUAGAAGGCUUUGGUGACCUACUCCUCUAUGGCCAAUUCACCGUCCUGAAGGGCGAGAGCAUGACAUCCAAGAAUGAGGAGAGAGAGUACAAAAUUUACCUUUUUGAGAUGAUUCUACUCUGUUGCAAGGAGAUCAACGUCAACAAACCAAAGAACAAAAUGUCUACAAGAUCACUCGUCACCAAGGAUGGGAAACCAAAGCUGCAGCUCAAGGGCCGUAUAUUCAUGCAGAAUGUUACAGAAACCAUAUCAUUGCAGAAGCCAGGUUCAUAUACAUGCCAGAUCUUCUGGAAGGGUGACCCCGGCAUCGAGAAUUUCAUCAUACGGUUCACUUCUGAAGAGACUAUGAAGAAAUGGGCUACUCAGGUGGACACCCAAAGACGUGUUUGGAAGGAUCAUGCACGCUCCAGCGCCAGUACUACGGCUUCCAAGCCAUCCGAUACACAAUUCGCCUACAUGCGGGACAAAGUCCUUGAGAAUCCCUACCAGGAAGAGGAUGACGAUGGCGAGGAAGAUGUCGAUGUCAUUGCCCCUGGCUAUCCGCGAGACAGCUAUGGACAUAGACAGGACAGCCCCAGUGCUUCUCUACGGUCUCGCUCUACGACCGGUGAGAGCGGGCCUCCUAUGGGCGAAGGAGAUCCAAGGGUACCACCUCCACGUUUUCCCAUGGGCUAUACUGGCCAGCCACCACUAACCUUGCGUACCCAGCAAAUUCAAAAUGCGGCCAAUCAAGAAUCGUACUUUUCUCCCACUGUCGAAACUCCAAUGUCAACAUACUCCAACGUGCGGACAAGCUCAUCAUCCGCAGGCACAUUCCCGUUCCCCCGGCAGGCACCGCCAAACAACUACUCACAUGAAGAGAACAACCGAUAUACCGCUCCUGCUCAGACCCGUAGCCACCUUUCUCGCGGCGAGUCUGGUCAAUAUCCGCAAGGACGUGCUACACAGCGGCCCUCAUUACCACCUAACACUACUUUGUCAUCCCAGGGUCGGUUACGAGCGGCUAGCAGCCCCGAUAUCAACUCCAAUCUCCAAGGGCAAGGACGAAGAGGACCGAAUGGCCAGCAGCCACCCGUACCCGACGUGCCACCCUUCCCGACACACUACGCUUACAAUGCGGCGAUCGUUAACCGCAGCAAUAGCAAUUCUCCCAACAACAUACCACCACCCCGCGCUGCGACCCAGUCACCAGCAAUUCAACGAGAUCGGCUCAUCCAACAACGCACUGCUGUCGAAUUAGCAAAUGCCAACAACGACUAUCAUGGGGGUGCUGCACGUCGCGAUCCAAACUAUCCGCCUGUGCAGCGCACCAUGACACCUGCAUCAUCCUUCGAGCGAAGCCAGGGCACGUUAACACCAGCUUCGAUGGAAUCAAGAAACAUGUCACCGCCACUUUCCCAGGAGUCAAAUAUCCCAACUCAGCUGAAAGUCAAAGUACACUGUCCGUCGGCAGGAAGUUCAAUGGUUUUGGUCGUCAGUACCAAUAUCAGCUUUCAGUCUUUGAAGGAUCGGAUUGAUGCAAAAUUGCAGCGCUCGACCUCGGUGUCGUUAGGGUCUGGCCAGGUGAAACUCAAAUACCUCGACAGCGAAGGGACAUAUGUCAGUAUACAGUGCGAUGAUGACGUUCAAGAGGCAUUUGAGAACUGGAAGGAACAGCAAAGAGAUCUCAAUCCAGGCGGUGGCCUCGGCGAAAUCGAGCUUUUCUGUCAACGGUAA